AUGGCGCGCCAGAAGGGGGGCAGGUCCAAGCGGGACAGGAAGCACAAGGCUGUGCAGUCGCUCAAGUACAAGCACGCCGAGACGGGCCUGGAGGUCAUGCCCGACGAGGCUUUGGCGAGGCUGAUCGAAGACAGCAAUGCCGCCAUCCUGCCGGCCAAGGCCGACAGGCAGGGCGAGGCGGCGGCGGCGGCGGCGGCGGCGGAGGCGGCGGCGCCCGUGAAGCAGCUCAGCAAGUCGCAGCAGCGCAAGCUGCGCCGCAUCCAAGAGGAGAAGGACAAGCGGGCCAAGCGGGCAGACGUGAUGCAGACGCUGGCCCAGCACCAGCUCCACCAGGACGAGCUGCAGCUGCUGCGCCCCGUGACGACGCAGGGGCAGCGCGAGACCAAGAAGCAGGCCCUUAGGCGGGCGCUCAAGCUGCAGCGGGCGGGCGUCAGCCUGCCCUCCUCGGUGCGCCUGUACCAGGAGCGGCGGCGGCCGGGGGCGGGGCAGCAGCAGGGAGGCUCCUCAGAAGGCAGCGAGGAGGAGGGGGAGGAGCAGGAGGAGGAGGGGAGCGAGAGCGAGAGCGAGAGCGAGAGCGAGAGCGGCAGCAGCGGCGAGGAGGAGGGCAGCGGCAGGCUGGAGGGCGCCGGUGGUGGCGCCAGUGGCACAGCCGCGGCCUGGCCGCCGGCCAAGAAGAGGCAGCGCACGGGGCCGGCGCCGCCCGCGCCUGGCCAGCAGCAGGCCACUGCGGCCCAGACGGCGGCGGCGGCGCAGCAGGCGCAGCAGGCGCAGCAGGCGCAGCAGGCCGACCAGAAGCGCCAGGCCCAGCUGCUGCGUGAGGCGGCGGCGGCCACCAAACAGCAGUUGGGCAUCGGCGAGGAGCGGGAUGAGGAGCAGCGGCCGGGCCAGCAGCAGCAGCGGGCGGGCGGGCAGGCGAUGGGCGGCGGCGGCGGCGGCAAGCCCCGAGUGGUGCUGGUGCAGCGCCGGCCCGAGAUAGAGGCAGUCAGGGAGGGCCUGCCCAUCAUCGGCAUGGAGCAGGAGGUGAUGGAGGCGGUGGCGGCACACGACGUGGUGGUGCUGUGCGGGGAGACGGGGUGCGGCAAGACCACGCAGGUCCCCCAGUUCCUGUACGAGGCCGGCUUUGGGUGCAAGCUGUUCCCGGAGCGGGCGGGGGCGGUGGGCGUGACGCAGCCGCGCCGCGUCGCCGCCAUCUCCACCGCAGAGCGGGUGGCCGAUGAGCUGGACAGCCGGCUGGGGCAGGUGACCCCAAAGCCCGCGCGACCGCCCCGCCCCCGCCCCGCGCCUGCAGACCUCAAAGGCGGCGGCGGCGGGCAGCAGGGCGGCGCGGCGGGCGGCGAGCGGCAGGAGGCGGGCGCGCUGCACGUGCUGCCGCUGUACGCCAUGCUGCCCGCGGCGCAGCAGGCGGCCGUGUUCCGGCCGCCGCCCGCGGGGCGCCGCCUGGUGGUGGUGGCCACCAAUGUGGCCGAGACCUCCCUCACCAUCCCCGGCAUUCGCUACGUGGUGGACGCGGGGCGCUCCAAGCAGCGCCUGCUGGAGGGCGCGGGCGGCCUGGCGCGCUACGACGUGCGCUGGGUCAGCAAGGCAUCGGCGGAGCAGCGGGCGGGGCGCGCGGGGCGCACGGGGCCCGGGCACUGCUACAGGCUCUACUCCUCUGCACACUUCAACGACACCUUCCCCACCCACACGCCGCCAGAGAUCCUCAACACAGCGCUGGAGGGCGUGGUGCUGGCGCUCAAGGCGCUGGGCGUGGACCGACCCGCCAACUUCCCCUUCCCCACGCAGCCAGAGGCGGCCGCGCUGGCGGCCGCGGAGCGCUGCCUGGUGGCGCUGUCGGCCCUGGACGGCGGCAGCGGCCAGCUGACUGCGCUGGGGCGGGCCAUGGCUGCCUAUCCCAUCAGCCCGCGCCACGCCCGCAUGCUGCUGGAGGUGGCGGCGCAGGAGGCGGAGGCGCAGCAGGCGCAGCAGGCCGGGCAGGCGCAGCAGGCGCAGGCGGCGGCGGGCGGCGGCCCGCGCCGCGUGCUGCCCUAUGCUGUGGCGCUGGCCGCCGUGCUGAGCGUGGAGAGCCCCUUUGUGCGGCUGGACGCGGCUGCUUCGGAGGGCGAGGGCGAAGAGAGAGGCGGCGAGGAGGGCGAGGGGGAGGAGGGAGAGGAGGGGGCGGGCGCCAGCCGGCGGGAGCAGCGCCAGGCGGAGCGGGAGGCGGCCAGGGGCAAGCGGCAGGCGGCGCGCGCGGCGCACGCCCAGUUCCGCGUCCCAGACAGCGAUGCGCUGAGCGCGCUGCGUGCGCUGUGCGCGUUUGAGGCGGCCGGCGAGGACGACGCCUUCUGCCGCCGCCACGCGCUGCACUUUAAGAACCUGCGGGAGGCGGCAGCACUGCGCAAGCAGCUGGCACGCAUGCUGGAGGCGCAACAGGCGCAGCGCAAGCGCGGCCGUGCGGUACGGUACCGCGCCUGCGCCGCCGUGGACGAGGACGUGUUUGUGCACCCCAGCUCCGCGCUGCACGCCGCCGCCCCAGAGUAUGUGGUGUACACCCAGCUGGUGCGCACCUCCAAGCGCGCCUACAUGGCGGGGGUGACGGGCGUGGAGGCGGCGUGGCUGCCGCAGGUGGCGCCGCCGCUCUGCGCCUUCUCGGCGCCGCUGGCGGAGCCGCCACCCUUCUACAGGCCCGCAGCAGACCAGGUGCUGUGCUGGCGGGACGUGACAUUUGGGCGCCACGGCUGGCAGCUGCCGCGCUGCGCGGCGCCGCACCCAGACCCUGGCGAGCGGUGCGCCGUGUUUGGGGCGGCCCUGCUGGAGGGCAGGGGCCUGGCGGUGCCCCCCAGCAUGCUGCUGCGCCCAGACAUGCGCGUGCACAAGCGGGCGGCGGAGCUGCUGGCGGCGCUGGUGGCGGCGCGGGUGGACAGCCGCGCCUCGCUGGCGGCCAAGUGGGCCGCCGCCCCCGCCUUUCUGCGCCGCGAGCUGGCCCAGUGCAUGCAGAAGGGGUGCGACGGCGCGCUGCUGCAGGCCUGGGGGGCGCUGCAGACGGAGGCGGCCGCCGGCCCGCCGCCCCCCGCGGCGCCAAAGAAGCGGCGGGGGGACAAGGGGCGCGGCUGA